AUUUCUCGUUUCAGUUUGUUGACAUUUCAUAUUAAUGAUAUUUCUAGAAGAUCUAAUCUGAUUUGAUAGCAAUAUGGCAUCAGAACUUGACAAUGUUGCUGCACAGUUUGAACCCCUCUCUGUCCAUACUAAUCCAGAGAUCUGUAGAGCUGCGUUAUCUCAGGUUAUGAGACUGCAUGUUAAUGGAAUAGACUGUGCCAGGCUGUUGCCAGGGAUGCUGAAACUGUUAGCACACCCAGAUUUAGUAACUAAAAAGGCAGUUUACCAUUGUACAGCAAUGUAUGCCAGCAAGAAUCCAGAGUUAUCUUUGCUUGCUGUGAACACACUAAUGCAAGAAUGUUCCGAUAGUAACCCACUUAUUAGGGGCCUUGCCUUGAAGACCUUGACCUCACUCAACCACGAGACUUUUGUCGAGUAUUGUUUACGAGGCAUCAACCAGGGUCUUUCAGACAAGAGUGUUUAUGUGCGGAGAGUGGCCGCACGUUGCUGUGCUCGAGUCUACCAGCAGAAUGUGGACCUGUAUAACGACGGAACACUUGUCAAUCAGCUGUACAACAUGCUAAGGGACUCUGAUCCCAUCGUUGUUGUCAAUUCUAUGAUGGCUCUUGAAGAAAUUCUCAGCAAGGAGGGAGGGAUUGUUAUUAACAAGAACAUUGCGAACCACCUCCUGAACAACCUAAAGGACAUGACUCCCUGGGGUCAGUGUUACAUCCUGAAUAUCCUACAGAAGUACAAACCCAAAACACAGGACGACACGUUUAACAUGCUGAAUAUCCUGGACGCGUUUCUUGUCAGUCAGAACACUGCAGUCACUACCGCAUGUCUGCAGCUGUUUCUGAGUCUCAUUUCAUCCCUGCCCCAUUUACGGCCACAAGUUUUUAAAAGGUACAUUAAAAAUAUUGUUGCUGCCAUUCCUCAAGGGAAUCCUGAACUAGUGUUUCAUAUCUUGGAUCACCUGAAUUCUUACAGGGAAGAAAUUAAGGCAGAAUUGCAACCCCAUUAUUCCAUCUUCUUCUGCAAAGAAAGCGACCCUCUGUAUUUAAAGAAACUUAAGUUAAAUAUGUUACCCCAUUUGACCAUGCCAUCUCAUGCUAAAGAAAUUCUGAGUGAAAUAUUUCUUCAUACAUCUAGCUCUUCCAGAGAAAUUUCCCUCUGGGCUCUGAAAGCAGUCACUGUGGUCUUCAAGUGUGAUGCAUCCACUGCACCCAUAGUUAUAAAGAAACUGAAGCAGCUAAUUGACUCGGAAAACCCCCAUACCUUAUCAAAUAUUUUUCGAGUUGUGAGAAGCUUGAACUUGAAUGAAAUAAAGGGUGGAUCAGAAAUUAUUGCAAAAAUAGCUUCCAAGCAUCAGAAAUUGACAGACACAGAGGGACAACUGGCUUUUUUGUCUGUUCUUUCUCAGUAUGGAAACUUGUUGGAGGACAGUCCGUAUAUAAUAGAGGAGUAUGUGGAGAACUUUCCAAAUGAAACAAAUUCUGUGAUAAAAUAUCAGCUUUUAAUGACCUGUGUGCAUGUGUUUUUCCAUCAUCCUGCUGCCAUGCAGGGAAUUCUUGGACAGGUUUUGGAGUUGUGUAUUCAGGAUGCAGAUAAAUCAGUGCAGAGCCAAGCUCUGUUAUACUACAGGCUCCUGAAUCAUGACGUGGAACACACAAAAAUAAUCACAUCCAUAGAAAUGCAAGAACUACAAGAGUUAUAGCCCAUCUCUAGUGUAAUCCUGUGUAUUGAGUUGAUAUAGCAAUAUUUAUUGAAGAAAAUAUAUUUGUAAUAAAUCUAUCAAAAGUAUUUUAAUCAUUUAUUUCAAUAACAGCAGUAGCAUAUAUAACAAAAUAAAACAGCACGAUAUGUAAAAUUUUGAGAUUCAAUAAAGUAAAAACUGAAGGCCGCAUCAAGUAUUUAAAACAUCAGUAUUUAACGUUUACUUCUAUGUCUAAAAAAAUUAUAAUUAAAAAUAAAGCUUAAUAAUUUGAAAAAAAUAAAGCACAUCAAAUAUCAAACUGCAAUAAAAAUGAUAAUUAAGUCCCCUUAAAAAUUACGUAUGCAAUUAAAAGGGAUGGGACAAUCCACCGAUGCA